AUGGAGGUUCUUCACAUCGAAUCCACAGAUCCCCUCGAGGGGGUCCCACCAGCUGGGUAUCUCGUUGAUAAACCCGUUCUAGAGGGAGAAGGGAAUCAUUCAUUUGCUUGUCCGCACUCGAGCUGCGACGGCUUCACCUUUGAAACCAUCCAAGAAUGCUUCCUCCACGAGGACGACUGGCACAGACCCCCAUACUUCUGUGCUGAGUGUGACACGACUUUCGCCGCAAGACCAGCUCUCAAAAGGCACUUCAAAGCCAGUGGGCAUUUCAAUUGGAUCUGCCUUGAGGGAAAAUGCGACAUGAAGGGCACUCUGUUUGCCAAUCAAUCCGAGUUUGUGACCCAUGCAUUGAACACGCCAGGCCACGAACAUCUUUUCCCCGAGGAGCCUCUCAACAGCCCUGUUUCUGUGAAACGAAUCAACUAUGCUGAAGUUACUAAUAUCAUGGAAGGGGAGACUACGGAGGAAUGCCUGUCCGAAGAAGAGGGCCAGAAGUGUCUUGAGCCAGCCUGUCGCAGAUAUCAGCGAGUUUUUCCCACAGAAAGCAAAUUUGCCCAGCACAAGGAAUCGCACAACCAUGUUCAUGCUAUCAAAUAUUCCGAAGCUCUUCGAGAAUCCGGAAAAUCUAUAGCCGAUAUUACGACUGAACAAGAAGCUGCUAGGGCACUUCGGUGCACAGCUGAAGGCUGUCCAAAAUUCGGAGAGAAACUGACGACUAGUCAGAGUUUCUAUUACCAUAUACAGACGGAACAACAUGUGCAUCCCCGAUUCGUCUCUACAUCCAACCCGGCUUCUCCGACGGCAGAAAUCCGAAUGAAGUUUGCCGAUAUCAAUCUUGCGUGCGAUGAACCCGAGUGUCCAAAGUUUCAGCAUUAUUUCUACAACAAAGGAAACCAUACGAAGCACUCAAAAUCAGUUGUGCAUCAGAAAGCGGUGGAGUUUGGAACUAAGAAGAGAUCUAUGGGCAAUUCCAGUACUGGAGGCCAGGAAAAAGUGAAGGCAGAGACGCCAGAGAGAGAACAGCCUGUUGCUAUAAUGGCACCUCCAGUGACUCCCCAAAUCUGGAGUCGAAGCUUGUUCACUCCCAUAAGCCCACCAACUACCGACCCUACUCGCAGCCAAGUCACGCAGUUCGUUACCCCUACAAAACGACCAGUUCAAGAUAUUGCCCUCAUGACGCCACCCUCAUGGAGAGAAGAGAAUUUGCGGAAGAGGAACCGUGAGCUGGAGGUAGAACUGGAACAAAUGAAGGAGAAAAUGAACCGAAUGAGAACUGCCUACCAAGAGCAGAUAAGGUCAUUGUUCCAGACUCUCGGAGAAACACAUGACCGCAGCCGGCGAUGA